UGGCUUCUGCUAUAGCUAUUCGUAUCUCAAUCCAAUAAAUAUCUCUCCUCUUAUUUAUUCUUCUUCUUUUAUUAUUCUAAGAAGGAAUCAGCAUUUCGAGCAGAGAUGAAUGAGGAGGUAGAGCAGCAGAGCGAGUAAAGAAGGGGGCGCAUGUAUAGUUGUUGUUGACGAUUGGAGAGGUGGAGAGGCAAAAAAAAAAAAGAAAAAAAAAGGAGCAUUUAAUUCCGUUGCCAUCGAAAUUGGGCAGUACAGAGUCCCCGCUGUCAGAGAGAGCUAGCUAGCUUUCUAUGAAGUUACCUGCUUCUUCUCACUGUCCGCUCUUAAGCUAGAGAGUUGACAACUCUGCAUCUGUUAUUACUGCCUCUGCUGCUGCUGCUGCUGCUGCUUCUUCUGCUUCAUCAAAAGGGGGAAAGGAAGGGGAGGGGUUGAUAUUUAGGAGAUCAAGGGAAGAUCCCCCGCGCUCUCUCUCUGUUAAUUACCUACUAUUACCGGCACAAACAAAUCAAAUUAAGACAGAUAAUUACGUUGAAGGGAAUGGGAUCAAAGCAAGGUGGAGAGGAGGGCAUUGUGCUGAAUGAGAGCGAGGCUGCGAGUGAUGAAGGAGGAGGAGGAAUUAUGAGGGCGAGAAAGGAUGUCGUCGACGGAGGAGGAGGAGAAGAUGUGGAAGGAGGGGGAGGAUUCAGCAUGAAGAGCUUCCUCUGGCACGGUGGUUCCGUCUACGAUGCGUGGUUCAGUUGUGCCUCCAACCAGGUAGCUCAAGUUCUGUUGACACUGCCCUACUCCUUCUCUCAGCUGGGGAUGGUGUCUGGAAUUGUCUUCCAAGUGUUCUAUGGUAUCCUCGGCAGCUGGACCGCCUACCUCAUCAGUGUUCUUUACGUCGAGUACCGAAGCAGAAAGGAGAAGGAGAAUGUCAGCUUCAAGAAUCAUGUCAUCCAGUGGUUUGAGGUGCUGGAUGGGCUGCUGGGUCCUUACUGGAAAGCCAUCGGCCUCGCCUUCAACUGCACUUUCCUCCUCUUCGGAUCCGUCAUCCAGUUGAUUGGUUGCGCUAGCAACAUAUACUACGUGAACGAUCGGCUGGACAAGAGAACUUGGACAUACAUAUUUGGAGCGUGCUGUGCAACCACGGUCUUCAUUCCCUCCUUCCACAAUUACAGGAUUUGGUCCUUUCUGGGUCUUGGUAUGACCACCUACACUGCCUGGUAUCUCACCAUUGCCGCUUUCGUCAAUGGCCAGGUUGAAGGCGUGACUCACUCGGGCCCAAAAAAGAUGGUUCUCUACUUCACUGGUGCCACCAAUAUUCUCUAUACUUUUGGUGGUCACGCCGUCACUGUGGAGAUCAUGCAUGCUAUGUGGAAGCCACAGAAAUUUAAGUACAUCUACCUGUUGGCAACUCUGUACGUGUUCACACUGACCCUGCCAUCAGCGUCGGCCAUGUACUGGGCCUUUGGUGACCAACUCCUAACUCACUCCAACGCCUUCUCCUUGCUCCCAAAAGAUAGGUUCCGAGAUGCUGCGGUUAUAUUGAUGCUGAUUCAUCAAUUCAUAACCUUUGGGUUCGCCUGCACGCCUCUAUACUUUGUGUGGGAGAAGGUGAUAGGUAUGCACGAUACCAAGAGCAUAUGCCUGCGUGCUCUUGCUCGCCUCCCUGUCGUAAUCCCUAUCUGGUUCUUGGCUAUAAUAUUCCCAUUCUUUGGUCCUAUAAACUCUGCGGUUGGUGCUUUGCUUGUCAGCUUCACCGUCUACAUCAUACCCGCCAUGGCUCAUAUGCUCACUUACCGAACUGCCUCUGCGCGUCAGAAUGCAGCGGAGAAACCACCCUUCUUCCUGCCAAGCUGGAGUGGGAUGUACGCAGUGAACAUAUUCAUAGUAGGGUGGAUAAUGGUGGUGGGAUUUGGAUUCGGAGGAUGGGCCAGCAUCACCAACUUUGUUGAGCAAAUCGACACCUUUGGUCUCUUUGCCAAGUGCUAUCAGUGUGCUAAACCCCCGCUGCCCGGGGCUCCUGCAACCCAUCACUGAACCAACGGAAGACCAAAAAAUAACAGUUCGGUCGGUCAGUCAGUCAGUCGGACGGACGGGCGAUUCUACCUAGCUAGCUAGCAUCUUCUUCUUCUUUUUAACUCACACCAAGCCUCUUCAUCACCUGUGGUUACAUCAAAACAUCGAGGACGCGUCAUCAAUCGUCAGCCCCUCUGUGUUAAAGUCUGCUUCCGUUGUGUCCUGUUUGUGUUGAUCUUUGCGCGUGCGUUUUGGUUGUUACCUAGCUAGCUAAGUUCGAUUCAUUAGUUGGCUAUAUAUCUUUUUUGACUUUCUUAAUUACAGAAAGGAUUCAAGUCUAGUUUGACGGCACAGUAAUGUAUCUUAUUAUAUAUCAAUCAACGUUUUAUCAUCCAAAUAUAGCCU